CUCGUAUCAUAUUUCAAAAAUGUCUAACCAACAAUCCGACGCUGGUAAGAAAACAAUACAUGUCCAACAAGUAGUCUGUAGCCUCAAAAUCUCAUUCAUUUCUCUGUAAAAGCUAUGCAAUCCCAAUUCGAAUCCAGAAACGCAAACUUGCGCCAAUCCUGGGAUGCAAUGAAGCAAACUGUGACUGAAAAGUUCAACCAAGCUUCUGAAGGUCUUGCCCAACAGCAACAGCAGCCCAGCACCACUAUGGGAAUGAUGAACACUAACCCCAUGGGAGGAAUGAACACCACCACCACCAAUAACCAGGAGAUUGGCCAUGAUCUCAACCAAAGCGCCAUGAACUCUGUUCGUCGUGAUAUCUCAUCAAUGAAGACCCACAAUGCCGAAGGCUUUGAAACCGCUGGUGCCAAGCUCGAUGAAACUUUUGGCAGCAAUGCUCUCACUGAAAAGGAUCCCCGUACCCAGUAAACAUAAUUGACAGUACCUGUGUCUUCUAUUAGCACAAUCCAAUAAAUCUACUCUGUAC